AUGAGCUCAACAUCAGGCCUCUUCGAGGCCAUACCAGGACCGCAGCAAAUUCUCAAGGCUGUAGCUGGCUCACUAAGUCUUUCCCCGUUGUCGGUCCCAGAAACUGCCUCCUCAGGAAGCACAUAUGACCAAUGUGGCAAGUUCGAAGUGAGCUGUCAGACCAGCUAUCAUGGUCAAGAUACCUGCUGUUUCAAUUACCCGGGUGGACAGAUGCUGCAGACCCAAUUCUGGGACGCCGAUCCAGCAGUUGGACCUGAGGAUUCUUGGACGAUUCAUGGGCUUUGGCCGGAUCAUUGCAAUGGUGGAUUCGACCAGUUCUGUGAUUCUCACAGGAGAUAUAGCAACAUUUCCUUGAUCCUUGUCGAUGCAGGCCGAAGCGACCUGCUGGAUGAGAUGAGUACCUACUGGAAAGACUACAAAGGCGAUGACCCGAACCUCUGGGAGCAUGAGUGGAACAAGCACGGCACUUGCGUCAGCACACUAGAGACGCAUUGCUACUCUGACUACUACCCGCAGCAAGAGGUUGUGGACUACUUUGACAAGACCGUAGAGUUGUUCCACGAUCUCCCUACCUACAAGACACUCGCCGAUGUCGGCAUCGUCCCCUCAUAUACUCAGACAUACACCCGGCGUGAAAUCGAGGAUACACUAUCCAAGGCACACGGUGCAACAGUCACGGUGCGCUGCAGAUCCCAUCAACUCCAAGAAGUUUGGUACUUCUUCAACGUCGAGGGUCCCCUCCAGACAGGGAAAUUUGUCCCAUCGGACCCUGAUGGCCAAACAUCCAAUUGCCCAAGCAGCGGCAUCGUCUACAGACCGAAAACGCUCAACAACAACCCCGACCACGGCCACGAGCCUACCAAGACCAGACAUCCCCCUGGGCCGACUGGUGCCCCCUUCAUCGGACGAGGAAACCUAAUGGUUUCCACGGCGGGUCAUCAGCGCGGCUGUAUUAUCGGCCGCGGAACAUGGUAUCAGUCCGGCACCUGUGCUGAUUUCAGGGUAAAGAAGGCGUCUGGUGAUGCGUUUACACUCUCCUCCCGCAAAGGGCCCUGUGCCUUCCAGGAUGAUACCCUCACCUGCGGCUCGCACAUUUUGAAUCCGGUGGAGUUCAGCACCGAAGACGGCAAGCUCUCCUACAACGGAAACACGACCUUCUACGCGGAUAAAGCGCCAAAGGGCAAAGUGCAGAGCGAUAUUUUUGUCUCGCAGGAGGACCAUUCCAUCCAGCUGUCUGUAGCUUGGAGGGGAGCGUAG